GGGGAGUCACAGCGGGCUCCGUGUACGGAUAUCUCCCAGUGUGGUUGGUUUCCCCCAGCAGGUGCAAAGGAUUCAUCACGAUGCCGCGGGGCUGCACCAGGAAGCUGCUGGCCUCGCUGCUGGGGGCUACGUUCACCUGGCUGCUGGUGCUGAUGGUAGACCAGCGGCAGGAGCCUGUGCAACGGGGACUGGAGCUGCGGAGCCGCUCCCUCCAGAGCUGGCAAAGCCCAGGGGACAACGGGCAGGGCGAGGAGGAGGAAGAGGCUGCGACCGAGCGGUCCCAGCUGCCGAGCGGCGUCCAUCCACUGGCCCGGAGCUACAAGGACUAUUUCAGUGAUCUGAGCCGGGCCAAAGCGCAGGGAGCCGGCGGCGGGCUGGAACUGAAGCCGAGGCGGCAACUCUCGGAGGAGGCCGUCACUCCCACACCUUUCCGGGACGACAUCACUAUGGGUGACCUGUUCAUUGCGGUGAAGACCACCAAGAAAUUCCACCGCUCCAGACUGGAGCUGCUGCUGGAUACUUGGAUAUCCCGCAAUCGAGAUCAGACAUACAUCUUCACUGAUGGAGAUGAUGAAGAGUUAAAGAAAAAGUCAGCAGGCCACAUGAUCAACACAAACUGCUCAGCUGCUCACAGUCGACAGGCGCUUUCCUGCAAGAUGGCAGUGGAAUAUGACAAGUUUAUUGAAUCAGGGAAAAAAUGGUUUUGUCAUGUGGAUGAUGAUAAUUAUGUGAACACCCGCACCUUGGUGAAGCUAUUGGCGCAGUACCCGCACACCCAGGAUAUCUACAUUGGGAAGCCAAGCCUAGAUCGCCCAAUUGAGGCCACUGAAAGGAUCAGUAAUAAUAAAGUGCGGCCUGUACAUUUCUGGUUUGCAACUGGAGGAGCUGGAUUCUGCAUCAGCCGAGGCCUGGCGCUGAAGAUGAGUCCAUGGGCAAGCGGAGGUCACUUUAUGAGCACUGCAGAGAAAAUCCGUCUCCCUGAUGACUGCACCAUUGGUUACAUUGUUGAGGCAGUACUGGGAGUGAAACUGAUCCGGAGUAAUCUGUUUCACUCACACUUGGAGAACCUGCAGCAAGUAAUGAGAUCUGACAUUCCCAACCAGGUUACAUUGAGCUAUGGCACAUUUGAAAAUAAAAGGAAUGCUAUUAAUCUGAAGGGGGGCUUCUCGGUUGAGGAGGAUCCAUCUAGGUUUCGAUCGAUUCAUUGUCUCUUGUAUCCUGAUACGCCAUGGUGUCCUCGGACUGUUGUUUACUAAUUGCUAACCUCGUCCUAAUAACCCCAGGUUCUGAAGGGGUUGUGGGUCCACUGUGCACCUGGCUCUUGUGUAGCUUGUUGCUGGGUGGUAAGGCUGCUGUGCGGCCUGGAUGUAUCAAAUAGUCUCGUAGUAUCUCCUCCUGUUCUUUGUCUUUUAUGGGACAGAGCCAUGUUUUAAUUCUGAUUCAGAACAGGAAGUGGCAGAAGACAAACAGACAUCACAAAGAAUGAACAAUUCUUUCUGCCAUGUAAUUAUUUUCCCCAAGUGUGAAAUUAAGUGUUGCUGAUAUAUCAGUGAAUCUUUUAGAAUGUAAGCUUCUCCUCUUCAAGCCAGUUUUAAACACUUGCUAUUUUUUUCGUUGUGACUUUCAGACUGUGCAUCAGGAAGGUAUUGUUGAGCAAGCUGAUGUGUUAAACCAUAAAUACAGAUUCUAUGCAAUGUAAUAUUUAAAAGGUUCCAUUUCAGCUAAUUCCACAACAGACAGGAUAUGUUGGAACUGAUUCAACAUUCUUAAAACUUAUAAAUUUGGGAAAGUUUUUAUUGCCUCAAAACUAUCAUGAUGCCAGAUAGGAUUAAAAAUAAUUGAGAUAUCCUGUAAGGAUUUCUAAUCUUUUAACAACUGUGUUCAUCAAACAUUUCAGAAUAUUAUGGAUUAAGCUUGUGUUCAAGGCUGGCUGCUGGGGGCUCUUAGGCAUGGCUUCUGAUUCUUCCUGAGGCCUGUCUGUCUGUACAUGAAAGCACUUUUCCUCCCUACUAUUAAAAUCCUGUGAUUAUUAAUGGCACAAAGUAGCUGGCUACUCUUGAGACAAUUCUGGGAUUAAUUUAGAAAAUGUGCUAAUACUUAAUGCAUGACUAGCUGAUGAAAAAGUGUUUAAUUCUAUUGAUAGUAAUGAUUAAUAUUUCAAACGGACAUUUGAAAGUAGCUUUAAAACAGUGUUACUAACUGAAAUACAGUGUUACAAACUGGAAUACACAUUCACACUUUAAGACUUAAAGAUUAAGGCCACAUUUUCUAUACAAGACAUUACAAAAGUUUAAGAAAUUGUAGUGAAUUUUAGCAUUGUAAUUGGAAAAUAUCUCUUACUCCUUUUCUCUGCUUUACCCCUCCAACUGAAAUCAGUGGUUCUGCAGAAGACCAUUUGCGAGAUCUGGGUAAAUUGUAGAGUACAUGGUCAUUGAGCUGCAUUCUGAAUACCACACUCGAAAUUUUGCUAACUGUUUGGCUGGGGAGGCAUCUCAGAUGAUCUCACUCCAGUUUUUGUACUUGCACUGGCUGGAGAUCAGAAGCUGGAACCCUGGCAACAUUUUCCCAUCCAAAUCUGAGGGCCUUGAGAUUAUUUGUAGCGAUAUCUCCUCCAGUUUGAGAUAAAUUCACAAUUGAGCAAUUAGUUCGCACAGAUUAAUCCUGAGUAUUUUCCAGUGGGCAAUCUAUUCUCCAGGGAAGCAUUGUUUAAUAUUUUCCUAACAUUUUCACUCGCCCCUAAUGGUGCAUAUUUUCAACCAUCCAUCUAUCUUUCUUCCUUAUUCAAGAUGAAGGGAGGAAAUGAAAGGCAUAAAAUUAUCUGAUCAAGUUUGUAGCACUUAGAGCAGGAGGUGUCAGUCAUGUUAUGCUCUGUGGCAGUGACCCAUACUGGGUUAUUUCUGAUGUGUAUAUUUAUAUGGACAGUAUUUUCUGUUCUCUUGUACUACUGUAUAUUUGAAAUGGUUCCUUAAUAUUCAGAAAUGGUUCUGAUCUGUAAAAACGUAAUGUUUGAAUUUAGAUUUCAUUGCUUCUCUUAUUUAUAUUCCAGCAUCUGGAAACAAUAUUGUAAAGCACUGUAAAUAUAAUCACUGAUACUCAGGGAUGGAACCUGAAUGGUUACAGUGAAAGCUGAUGGGGACCCAUCCUUUCCUUUCUAAUAAAGGAUUUUAUUGCUCAA